GUAGGGUCAAGUAGAUAACAUCUGCAAUAUGAAGAGCUUACUCAACCUUCGUUCAGUGUCAUUUAAACAAUAUCAGUCUUUCACAUGACGGUUAUCACCCUGAAAGGUGGUCUGCACAGUUCAGUGCCGUGGACAUUGUGUGCUGGUGCUGAUCUGGUUUAGCUCCGCUCGGAAAUAGAACUGUUGCCAUCUGUUAGUAGUUAGCUAAGUGUUAGUUGAGAUAAUGGGGCCUUUACACAUGUAUACAUGUUGACCAAGCAAAUUCCCCCACCUGUGUUGUGUGUGUUUAGACAGCUGCCCCCACCUCCUCCAUUCUGUCAUACACUACUUUAGCUGUCAGCUGCUUUGUGUGGGUAUAUUCAAUACACUUGGGCCAAAUAAGACAACAGCUGACUUCAACAAGGUCAACACAACCCUUUUACAACCCUUGUGGAGUUUUCCCUGGAUAUUGUGGACCCCAUAAAGAAAACGUGUGUGCCAGCAUUCUCAGUUUUGUAGACAAUACAUUAAUGAUUGCAGCUAUCGAAUAUUUUAGUAAUCGAGUAUUCUACUUAGAAUUCCUUUAGUUAAUCAAAAUAAAAAAAAUUUUUUGCUUGGUUAAAGAGCAAUUAUAAAUACACAAGAAAAAAUAAGGCAUUUCACUUAAUAAUGAACAACCAGUUGGUUUAAAACUUUUUUUUUUAAGAUAUAAUUUUAUUUCUUAAAUUCACAUUGUGCACAGGAACAAACUGUAUUUUCUUGGGUCUGAUGGUCUACCUUAUGGUGCUUUUUAGAUAAAUGUAUCCAUCCGAAACUGUGAUGAUUUGCUGAAAAAGGAGAGAAAUAAAUAGUUAAUUGACAUUACUAAGACUAAAUUGCAUAUUACAUUACAGUAUGUUGAUGGCUGUGCAUAUAUAAACCCUGAAUGUAGACAGGCUGACUAGAAAUAAGACAAAUAUUCUUCAUACGAUUUUGAGUUUUGCAGUGUUCAAACUCAAAUGGAAGACCCUUACUGUAGUGGAACACAUUACGCUCAACCAAGGGAGUGAGACACACAUUUCCCUGUUCCAUUACAGUGUUGUCUGCUAAAAAUGACCAGCCACUGAUUAAAAUGUUAUUUUCUAUUUUCUUAACUCUCAAUGCUGUCUUAUUGCACUUAACUGUAAGGGCACACCAUCGAUAGUAUUCAUAAUUAGGAGAAACCUAGCCGUAAACAUGGCUAACAAUAUGUUAGUAAGGUACAUCAUUAAUCUCAUUGGUUUGUGCUACGUUCAUUUUACCAUAUCUCGGGUCUUUUGCUCCAUUCUGGGAGUCUAUCGCGUUACAAUGGUUACCCGUCGGUGUUUAACUUGCUAUUUAGUUUGAAACACACUUUCAGCAUUUCCUGUCUUUUUUUAAAUUUUGUUUUCCUUGUCUUUUGUCGUCUUGUCGUCUGUGUUGUUUUAUCUUGUCUCGUCCAUCUUCCCGCUCCUUCAAACAAACAUCUGCUCCUUCCUCUGUGUGGGUGACAUAAAAUGCUUUGGUGAUGUAAGCGUACAUGACAAUUCUUCAAGGCAGAUAAAAUUCCUUUAUUAUUUUUUGUGAUUAUUUUUUGUAAUCAAGGUACUCAAAUUACUCAAGGAAUUGUUUCACCCCUUAAUGCGUUCAAGUGUUACUGGCGCCACUGAAGAGGAAAGAAGUCAUGCUUUGACAGUCUCAAGUGUAAAAUAAUGGAUCGAGUUGCUACCAGCUUAGAUUUCACAACUUUAAUGUAGACUUUGUAGUUUAGGUUUGUCUUUAAGGGUGUCACACACACACACACACACACACACACACACACACACACACACACACACACACACACACACCUAGAGUCUUGUCAACAUGAUGAGCAUUUAAUGGCUUUGUUCGUUUUUUUUGUUUGUUUUUUUUUGCUUCAUAACACCCGAGUAUGUGUGCAUUUGAGAUUCUGAACAGGUCAGAUGGGUUAUGUUGGGUAGUUGCCAUAGUAAUGGCCAUGUUGUAAUUUUUCUGGUAUCAGGGCGCUAGAUCUACUUGUGUGCUGGAGGUUUGUAACAAAGUAGCUAAAUAAUUGUUAAAAUUGCCCCCUUCUGUGUUUCUUUGCUCAGCUUUAGACUGAAUAAGUGAUGAUAAGCCAAAGAGGAAAACUUUACUGAUCAGUCCAGACUUAAUAAAGGAAAUCAUCACUGAAAUUGAUAUUUUUAAACUUACAAUGUUACAUAUACACAAUUUAAAAGUAUUAUGAUGACUUCAGUUUCAUUCAUUCAGUUCCCAUCACUGCUUAUAGGAAAUAUAUGCAUGUAGAAUGUAAACAUGGCAAUGUACAGCCUCGGAGAAGACCUUUUACUUUUGAAGCUGUUCUCUAUGAAAAGAGACUGCUGGUAUGUGCGGAUGGCAGACAACACAAAAAGAAGCCAGUAACACAAUUACAACAUGUUGCCAUAAUCAGCUGAUUUCAAUAACGUGUUCCUCCUCUUCUCCUCUGUGGUGCUCACAUGUGACUUUGUUGCCCUGGCAACCGAGGAACAGUUGACGUCUUUGGCAUCAUGGGGCUUUCAAAGCUUACACACAUCACAAGAUGACCUGCUGAGGUGCUGACUAGUCAUAAUGGAGGUUUCCUAAGGUCACUUGUAUUUUCUAAAGGAUGGCACAUGUAAAGAAACAGACUAACUGGUCGAUGAAUCAGUCAAUAAGUGGGUCUAUAGAAGGAGAUGGGAAGACUGAUGAGGGACGCUGUUGUUGCUGAUUCACACUAGGCCUGUUGUCAGUGAAAAUGUUGUAUUAGACACCCGAAACAGACAAACCGAUUUCUGUGGAGCAACCCAGGAGCUAAACACAAACACAUACACCUACACACACUGCCCUUGAAUGGGCCACAUUAUUAGCAGGAGGAGAGCGAGGCUGGAAAGUCUGGCUUCAGUGGGGAAGGUGAACAGUUUGUUCUGUGUCUUACAGGGAGGCGCCACUUUGGAUGUUGGAGGGAAAUUAUGAACAACGAGUGCAGCUUAUUUUCCAUUAACCUUUCCAUAGAGAGAGAGAGAGAGAGAGAGAAAAAAAAAGAGUCCAGUGUCUCUGGUGCUACCAAGGAGAUUGGUUCAGCAUUAACCAGAAUGUGUAUGAGACACCGCAGCAUCGAGUCCAAACUCAAAGUCUUCACCACAGCUCUCUCAGAAAGUCUCAUAACACCGUUAGAGCUGAAGAUGGAGGAGUGGAGGAAAGCGGCUAGUCAACUCGACAAAGAUCACGCAAAAGAGUACAAAAAGGCGAGAGCAGACAUCAAGAAAAAAUCGUCAGACACCGUCAAACUGCAGAAGAAGGUGAAGAAAGGCAAGGAUGAAGCGCGUGGCCAGCUGGACAGCGCACUGCAGGACGUCAACGUGCGAUACGCUGUUCUGGAGGAGACCGAGAAGAGGGCGGUGUGCAGAGCUCUUGUAGAGGAAAGAGCUCGCUACUGCAGCUUUGUUAGCAUACUGAAACCUGUGCUGGACCAUGAGGUAAACAUGCUGGGUGAGGUGACCCACCUGCAGACCCUCUUGGAAGAUCUCACCAACUUGACAGCUGAGCCCAAUAAACUCCCACCAGCCAGUGAGCAGGUGAUUUUGGAUCUGAAAGGUUCCGACUUCAGCUAUACCUACCAGACGCCUCCAGCCUCUCCUGGUAGCACACUGUCCAGGAAGAGCAGCAUCAGCAGCUACCAGUCCGGAUCAGUGAGGCACGUUCCUUCUUUGGACUCCAUCACCUUUGCUAUGGAUGGAGUGCACAUGCAGCACGGCUCCUCUCCCUUUCUGAUGAUGGGCUGCGAUGAAAGCGGGCGGUCCCUCAGUGAAGGGAACUCCCCCUCUCGCUUCGGCCGCCAGGGCAGCCGCAGUCGCUGCGGUUACGCCUCUGGGCCCGGCCGCCGCCCGGCACUCGGCCACCGUGUGAGCCGCAGGGAUAUGAACACCGAUGCAGUCAGCUCUACCAAUCAGCUUGCUUUCAUGGGAGCAGCAGGUGAGAAUGGUCUCCUCGUCCCUCCGCAAAGUGCUUACACUCAGCAUGGGGAGAGGGUUCGAGCCAUGUCUGCAUCAGGCAAGUCUUGCUCUGCUCGGGAUCAGCUGGCCUUGACACUGGGCGUGUUAAAUACGGAUGCGCCACGGAGCAGCCGGGACUCACUGCACUGUUCCAGCGGUUACAGCACGCAGACUACCACACCGUCCUGCUCUGAAGACACCAUCCACACACAUGCUCUAAAGAGAGACCCUAACCUCCAUGUGUUGCAAAAUGCAUUCGACUACGAGUCCAUUUCCCUCCACGGGGACACUGACUCCAUCUCCCUGAAUCACCUGUCACACAGCAACAGCCAGUCGGACUUUGACAAGUCCUCGACCAUACCGAGGAACUCCGAUCUCAGUUUCCAAUAUAGGAAGUUUGCUCAGUCCAAGCGCCCCGCCUCCACUGUUAGCCUACUGGCCGAGAAUGAACUGAUGGGCGCAUCUGUCCACCAGCUGCCGUCCCACACAGCAACGAUCAGACGCAAGCCGUCGACCAAGCCGGCGUACCGCAGAGGCACCAUCAGCGGAGGGGUUCCCAUCCCCAUCUCCACACCACAGGUUCCCCUCAAAGCAGUGGCUGGAAAUGGCGGCAGCGAGGAGAACAUCUUCAUUGUGCCCUCUGCAGGAGGAGUGGGAGGUUUGGGUCACAAUAAACUCUGCACUUCCACACAGAGCCUCAGCGCCCUGCCACCCUCCUCUUCCCCAUACUACCAGCUGGUCCCAGGUCAGAUGCCUAUCCCUGUGCCUGUACCCACCGUGCCAUCCAUGCCACCAGAGGUCGGCUUUGCCAAGCAGCAGCAACAGAGACAGUACCAGCAACAUCUUCACAUCCAGCAACUAAACCAACAGCAGCAGCAGCAGCAGCGUAGGCAGCAGCAGGUCCACAUUGAGCAAUUUCAUCAUGAACAGCAGCUCCAGAACCAGCUUCAGAUCCAGAACCAGCAGCGCAAACAGAUGCUCUUCCAGCAGCAGCAUGAAGCCCAGCUUCAGGCCCCCGUUAUCCAGCGAGAGGACUCCAGCCUCGACUACAGUGCUCAGAACCAGGUUGCUCUGCCCUCCACCCCGGACCAGGACCUGGAGCUCCUGACACAUGAAAGGGGUGAAAGAGACAUGCUGAACCUGAUCAGGGGUGUAAAGCUUAAAAGGACCCUCACCAACGAUCGCUCGGCCCCGCUGCUGCCCCCGCCUGCCAAUCACAACUGAGGCUGGAUGAUAGAGACGCUGGCUGUCGUCUUGUGUGUUUGACUUGUUUGACCUUCAACACUAUCUUCGGACUACUUGCUGGAACUCUUUUAUUUGCUUAAGUCAGAUCGUGCAGUGCGCAUUUCGUUCCUUCAGUAUAAUCUCUAGUUGCCUUCAUUUGCCUAUUUUGUGCUUAUUGCUUCAUGUUUGCUUUUUAAUUGUGGACACAGUUUGACUCAUGAAACACUUUUGCGAGGAGUCACUUCCUGUGGCGAUGAUAUCCGAAAGGAAGCUGUAGAUGGGUCAGAUCCUCUGCUGCCCUGGGUGUGUUUGAUAUGCUAUUUCCCAGAGUCCCGGAUAGGUGGGGUUAAUUGUAAAGGAAGUCUUUUGGUUUGGUUGCAUCUCAAACUGAUGCUGUCAUGUGACUGUGGAAUAAAAAUGUUGACUGAACCUGAGGGAUGUGACUGAGGCUAAUGUGGAGGCCGAUAGGGAGCGAGGUGAUGCUGUCCAGUCCUCAUAGGACAGGCGCUUCCUCUGAAAUGUUGAGUUAAUCGUUUUUGGACGGAACAGGAUACUUACUGUAAGCAAUGAGCGAUGUAGAAUGAAAAACUAUUGAUGCAAGCAUGUUGGCAUUAGAGAAGCAGUUUUUUUUUAUUUUUAUUUGAUUUGCUUAUGUCAUAGCGGGCUAUGAGAAGCACAACCAAAGUGAGUCAGGUCCCUGGUGGUGAAUUCCACAAGCACCAAAUGUGUAAAGAUUCAUUUGCUGUGACGUCGACAGGACUGGUGUACUCACUUUUACCACAAGAGGGCGCACGUGGCUCAGCCGCUGAUAAUGUAGUUGAGUCCUUUUGGCCGAAAUACAUGACAGGGCAAGGAGAGAGUGUUGCAUACUUGGACAGUAUGAGAAACUACAUUUGGCACUCCUUUGUGCAAGUGACAAGGAGACGGAGCUGUUUGAAAACUCUAAAAUGCUAAACUAAAUGUCUUUCUGCUGCAGUCCAUAAGAGGUUUAGCUGCUUUUUGUUUGACAGUUUUAAUUUCAGCAGUGUGUGGGUUUGAUUGUCAGUCCAGUGGGCGAGACACUAGUUUGGAUUUAGUCUAAUGUUAUUUUUGCCACAAGAAGUUUCUAGAUUGAGAUGCUGACAUACUGUGAGCAUCCUUGGUUACGGCGCUGUUGCAUGCUGGGAAAUAACUUUGCUGGCUUUCUUCUCUGGACUGCUGAAUGAUUGUUGUUAAUAUUUCUAUGAUCAGAUUGUACAUAAUCCUGAUUGAGAAGUCCUAUCGAAUUUCUGUACACACAUUGUGUUUUUGUGCAUGUGACCCAUCAGAUGACGCCCUGCAACCGCCACACGUUUUAAUUUUUAUAAGAGCUUUAAACAUGUUGGAAGCUGUCUGCGACCUAUAGAGGACACAAACCAACAGAAUGUACUUUUAUUUCUUCUUAAGUCUUCUUGAUGCGGUCAUGCGCCUUGUGGGACCAGAUAAUUAUAUUGACAGUGCUCAUCAAACUACUGGUGUUGUCUUUUCUUUGCCAUUUGUUUUGAGCCUUUGAGCCUAAGUAUCUCCACAUAUCGGUGUUUUUUCGUAAAGAUGAUUCAAGUUUACAAAGUGAAUCAAGAUCUCAUCUACCGCAUUGAAUGAGAUCCAAAAAUGCCUUUACAGAGAUCAAAAAUGCGCACAGAGAGGUAUACAUGUAUAGUGUUUAUUAAUGUGCUCCUAGUUUGCAGGACAUUGUAUGUUUAAUUUCAUCCUUUGUGGAGCUAAAGACAAAGUUACAUGUAUAAUAAUCACAUUUAUUAUAAGAUCCAUACAAGAACAAUCAAGUUCAUAGCAUUAUCUGUAGUCAGUUUUUUAUGUAGCUCUUGCAUUCAAUGUCAUUAGAUGGUGCAUUAUCCGGCUAUUUAGCGCAAUGUUGUGUUUAUAGAAAGAUGGAAGGGGCAAUGAGUAACAGCAGCAACAGGUGGAGCAGUAGAGGAGUGACUCAUCUCUCCUUUUGUUGACAAUCCGACCUCGCAGACUCACAUCUGCUUCAUUGUGCCAUCAACACACACACACACGCACACACUUACCGAACAACUUGCUCAUCAUUACCCAACAUUAUAGCCUGUAAUGUUUCUUAAAAUAGCAUCGUAAUGAAUGCCACUGAGCAGCCCCUCUAGAACCCAGGCCCCUGUCCAAAGAUGUCCCUGAAGAUGAGCAUCCGUCCUUGAAAUCACAUGUUGGAAUGUUGCGGUCACUUUGUUUACAGAGAACGAUAACACACACGCACAGAGGUCGGUCCAGCAUGAGUCAGGCCGGCCCAGAUUCCACUUACUGCCUUGUGACUCGCGUCGACGUCACAGUGACUAGGCACUAUUGGUGGGUCAGGUGUGUUGCAGCAGGAUUGCACCAGCUGCACUUCCCUGGCUUCACCUGCAGAGGGCGUAGCAGGCCACAACGAACCCCCCAUCCUACUCAAUCAGCGUUUAACGACACGUGGCAGAGGGUCUGCGUGGGGACUUGGGAGUUUUUUUUUGUUGACACUGUGCUUAAAAAGUGUAUAUCUUUAUCUGCUGUCUUGCUGUUGUGUCGUCUGUAAAAAGAAAUAAUCUGUUCUAGAGUCAAAUUGUGGCCAUUCCAAAACCUUUAUUAACUGUACAGGCACAAGUCACAAUGAAACAUACAAGUUACAUCGUAGCUGUCAGACAAGACAACAAUUCAACACACACAAUGACCAAUUGUUGAAAGUGUACCUCACGCAUGUUAUUUUUCAACAUUAUGUGUCACACAGUGUGACGCACUGUGAAUUUCUCAUGGAGAUCAAUAGACUUAUCUAUCUAUCUAUCACAAGUCUAAAUAGAAGUUACCACUUGGCCAGUUAACCACUAAUAAUAGUCAUAAAUGUCAUUAAAAACAAUAAACGUCUAUAUUUGACGACCCAUGUCAAAGAGGUGCCUCACGAAACUAAUUUGUCAACAUUCAAGUAUACAAAGAAGUAAGGCAGUCUUAAUAAUCACUUGAAAAGAGCCUUUAUUUAACUUUGCUAACAAGUGAUCGCAAAAAACAAGCAGUUCGUGCUGUUGGAGCACUUUGAUUUGUUUUGUGCGAUUUUAAAGGCGUAUUUUCCUCCCCCACAGUCAUUCACUCCUAUCUCCAGCACAUGAGGCGUCUAUCUUUAUAUACACACUUACAUAUAUUUUAUUAUGGCGUUUCCGUUCCUCCGGUGUUUACCACCAUAAAACACUCCAGCCAGCCCCGAGAGAGUGCCGUAGUGCCGCCUGAUCACACGGCGGUGGUAACGAACUCAAGGUUAGAUGAUAAUGUUGCACAUCCAGUCCCUGCUGGCCCUGCCCACCCAUUAUCAAAAACCAAACAGCGGCACAACAAAAGGAAGCAGAAAGGCCAGCGUGUGCAAGACUUGUUUGCGGAGAUAACGGCAUAACGCUCGGAAACUCACACUGGCAUUUUACUGCAUUUUACAGUGUGGAACUUUUCAGGCACUUUAAAUUCUGACUUUACAAAGAUAUGAAUUGAUUGACACUGUAGGUGUCAUUUAAUAAUAUGUUUAUUGUAGUGCACUAAAUAAGGUAACCAAAAAUAUUAAGAAUGCCUCUCGGCAUGAUGUCGUGCCGUAGUGCACCAAUGUCAACUGCUACCAUCCUACUGGCUACAUUUUUAAACAAAGGCUGUAUUUUUGAUCCACUUCUUGUAUUGGAUCUCAUUAGGUUGCGCAAGGGUACCUAAUGUUGUGGCUAGUAAGCCCUCCUGCCCUCUUUCAUUUAUAAUACAAGUAAAUGAUGUAAACGCAUGAUCAAACACAUUCACACACUGGAGAGGCACACACUUCCCGCCAAACCUGGCCUCUGGGUCAGACAUUCCCCGGGAGAACAUGCCGCAUCUUUCAGUGGGCCCUCGCCAUGGCAACCGUCCGUCUCAUGUUGCCAGCUCGUCACCUCACGACAGUGACACGCGCGCACACACACACACACACACACACACACACGCAUACACACAUGUUGUGUUUGGUGUCUCACUUGUUGUCGUCCACGUUUCCACACUCUUAAAGCAAGUAUUACUCCGUGUGAAGCUGCGCGAGAGCUCAUCAGGAAAAUGUUAAUGUUGAAGAACAAACAAUGGGGUCAGCUUUGCCCUGCAGUACAGCUGUGUGCCUCAAGUGGCAGUAGUGAGUCACUGCACGGAAAGUUGUGGACUAACCGAAGCAAACUGAGUUUGAGAUGAUGUAAGAGCGCUGUCAUCACGCAAUGAAUACCGGCCACUCGAUCGGUUCUGCGCCUGUGCAGAACGCGUCUACAUCCGUCUGCAUCCUAUUUUUCAGCAGUCACAUGUUAGGCACGAGCUGAAUCCUCUAGAUUAAUCCAUCAUUGCAUUCUGCUUAUGGUUGUUUACAUUCAAUUAUAACUGCAUUUUAUGUGUUUUAUGUCAGCUGGGAUAGGCUCCAGCAUGCCCCCGCGAAACCUAAUGAGGAGAAGCGGUAUAGAAAAUGGGUGGCUGGAUUAUUCUAUUUAUUUAUGUUUUAGCCGUGUCCGCAUAUGACGUUUACGUCUGCGCUUACGUGCAUUGCCUACCUUUUUACGUAGCUCAGUCUUGGUGGAUAUCAUGGACGAUAGAGACAUCCGCAUGCUAACAAACUCUUUUAAUAAGAGUCGCUAAUAAAAUAACCCCCCAAUACAUAUAUGAAGUAUGGUUAUUGACCAUUUGUGUUCAUACAUUUAAAAAAUAAUUACCACAGCACGUGACGUCGCAGAAGCGCCGUCGUAAAAGAGGAAGUGGAGUAGAUUGCAUUUCUGGUGCAUAUUGCGUAAUGACAAGCUCUACCCUUACUUACAGCAGUUCAUGCUAACAGGUUAGCAUUCCCUUCUUUAGCAAACCUAGAGCAGACGCCUCAUCUGUACAGGGUGUACGCUGCCCCCUGCUGACUUGGAGAGUGUAAUACAAUGACAUACGAAUUUUGUCUUUACGGCACCCGCAUUACAAUGUUUCUAACUUGAGUUUUCGGAGUACCGUGCACAGGACCCUUAAGAGUCAAACAGAAUCCAUUCUAAGGGGCUUUUCCGCUUUUGAUUUGUUGGGAAUUUGCAAUAUAUUCCUCAUAAUGGAAAUAUACUGUAGUUGUUCAUCUCUAUGGGUAAUGUUCAUGGUAGUUAGAGGGCUUGAUAAAUAUGUUUAUUAUUAUUAUUAUUAGUGUAAAGCAAUAAAAAGCAUAAUAAAAAGCGUGUCGUUGCCAUAUUUUUUACAUUUUAAGCCACAUGUUUGGGCAGAUAUGCUUUUGUUACUGUUUCACGUUGGUAUUAUUAUUUUAAAGCUACAUUGUUUAAUGACGAUGUACUGUACGUGGUGAAAUACUACAGUACUAUUGUGUUUCAUUGCAGAUUGGGGGUCUGUUUUGAC